GGGUUAUUCCUCCCUGGGCGUCAGGAACGAGGGAAUGAAUGGUUCCUAGCAAACGUUGUUUGCCGACCCAGCCACCGGAGCUUGUCCUGAUUGGUUGCCGCGGUCUGGAGGCGGGCAGGGGACUUAUUUGGGAAGGGAACCACUUCCCGAAGCGCGAGGCAGGAAGUCAUCCUGUGCCUCUGUGCGGGCUGAGCCGGGUGUCGGCUGCGGUGGCCGCGGAGACCUCCUGGCAGCGGGUAGGCAGGCGGGCUUUCGGGUCCCGCCGCACUUGCGACCCGCCACCAUCGCAGCGCCACGGCCGCUCCGCCAGCCUCGAGCCCGGCGCGCCCGCCGGGAGUGCUCCUGCAAGCUCCCUGAAGUUGCUCCUCCGGGCAGCGACCCAGGCUUUGCCUGGGUCACCGGCCGGGGAUCUGGCUCCGUGCUGCAAAACAACUAGUCUCCCCGCGUCCGCCCUCCUGGCGGUGAGCCUCCGAGACCCUGGUCCAGAGCGGUUGCCUUGGACCUGGGACUAGACUGAUCCAAAAACGCCAGCCUCAGGCCACCACAGACCGGGCUCUGCGUCGUCUCUGAUAUGUCACCGACCAUCUCCCACAAGGACAGCAGUCGGCAGCGGCGGCCAGGCAUGUUCAGCCACGCUCUGGAUAUGAAGAGUGGCCCGCUACCGCCAGGCGGCUGGGAUGAGAGUCACUCGGACUUGGUGGGCGGGGAGGGGGACCGAGAAGCUCUUCUUGGAGAUGCCGGCCCAAGUGACAUCCCAAAAGCCCCGCGGAGCUACAGAGCCGAACUAAGUAGCAUUUUGUUACUGCUCUUUCUUUACGUGCUUCAGGGCAUCCCCUUGGGCCUGGCGGGGAGCAUCCCACUCAUUUUGCAGAGCAAAAAUGUUAGCUAUACAGACCAGGCUUUCUUCAGUUUUGUCUUCUGGCCUUUCAGCCUUAAGUUGCUCUGGGCGCCCUUGGUUGACGCUGUCUACUUUAAGAACUUCGGUCGUCGCAAGUCCUGGCUUGUCCCUACUCAGUAUAUACUAGGAAUCUUCAUGAUAUAUUUAUCCACUCAGGUGGACCAUAUGCUCGGAAAUACUGAUGGCAGAACACCUGAUGUGGUUGCUCUCACUGUGACAUUCUUUUUGUUUGAAUUCCUGGCCGCCACACAGGAUAUCGCUGUGGAUGGUUGGGCGUUAACUAUGUUAUCCCGUGAAAAUGUGGGCUAUGCUUCCACGUGCAAUUCUGUGGGCCAAACAGCAGGCUAUUUUUUGGGCAAUGUUUUGUUUUUGGCUCUUGAAUCUGCUGAUUUUUGUAACAAAUAUUUGCGGUUUCAGCCUCAACCCAGAGGAAUCGUUACCCUUUCAGAUUUUCUUUUUUUCUGGGGAACUGUGUUUUUAAUAACAACGACAUUAGUAGCUCUUCUGAAAAAAGAAAACAAGGAAGUGUCAAUAGUAAAAGAAGAAACACAAGGGAUCACAGAUACUUACAAGCUGCUGUUUGAAAUUGUAAAAAUGCCAGCAGUUCUGACAUUUUGCCUUCUGAUUCUAACUUCAAAGAUUGGCUUUUCAGCAGCAGAUGCCGUGACAGGCCUGAAACUGGUCGAAGAGGGAGUACCUAAAGAGCACCUGGCCUUACUGGCCGUUCCGAUGGUCCCUCUGCAGAUAAUCCUGCCACUGAUCAUCAGCAAGUACACUGCAGGGCCCCAGCCACUGAACAUAUUUUACAAAGCCAUGCCCUACAGAUUAUUGCUUGGAUUAGAAUAUGCCCUGCUUGUUUGGUGGACUCCUAAAGUAGAGCAUCAAGGAGGAUUCCCCAUCUAUUACUAUAUUAUAGUGCUGCUGAGUUAUGCCUUACAUCAGGUCACGCUGUACAGCAUGUAUGUGUCGAUAAUGGCUUUCAAUGCCAAGGUCAGUGACCCUCUUAUUGGAGGAACAUACAUGACCCUUUUAAAUACUGUGUCCAAUCUCGGAGGAAACUGGCCGUCUACAGUAGCUCUCUGGCUCGUAGAUCCUCUCACAGUGAAGGAGUGUGUAGGAGCAUCAAACCAGAAUUGUCGAACACCCGAUGCUAUCGAACUCUGCAAAAAACUUGGAGGCUCGUGUGUGACGGCUCUGGAUGGUUAUUAUGUGGAAUCCAUUAUCUGUGUUUUCAUUGGAUUUAGUUGGUGGUUCUUUCUUGGUCCAAAAUUUAAAAAGUUACAGGAUGAAGGACCAUCUUCAUGGAAGUGCAAAAGGAACAAUUAAUGCCAACAUUACUGGACAUUUUAGAAGGUAAUUGUAGUUUAGUUUUACUGAGAAAGCUAUGAUAAUCAUUGUAUAGGAGUAUAAAAUAUUGUUUAAUUUUAACUUAAAAUGUCAAAUAGUUGAAAAAUAGAAAUUUCUUUGUAUGUUUGAUCAUAUUUUCCUUGCCUUAUUAAUGUAUUUAACGUUUACUUAAGGCCAGGAAACAACUCUUUCGGUUGUAUUACUUGGUUUCUGUUAAUUUACUGACCAAAGCAUAUUUUAAGAUGCAAUGGAAAAGUCGUGGGCGGUCACCUGCUGCCAAGUAUUGUUGUUAGUACCUGUCAUUGAGUUGUAUUUAACAUUUUGGUACAAUGUAUCAAGUGGGACAAAGCUUAAUAUUCAGGUACUAACUAACUAGUUUGACUUUAUUGGAAGUUAAUUCUCACUUUAAAUUGUAAAUUUGUAAAAAUUUAUGUGGAAUCUGAUGCAGAGAAAAUGUAGACUAUUAAAACAUUGAGUUGUUUUUCUGACCAUAACCACAUUGUACAAAUGAAUCUGUUAAAAAUAACUAUUUUAAAUGUAAUUUUUGCUUUUGUAAGCAUGAAAGAUUUAUAAAAAGAUUAUUCAACUAUUUUUUUAUAAAUGAAAGCUAUGGUUUUUAAUUUAUUGAUUUCCCUAUCCCUUCCUUUUGGGGAAGCUAUUUUGAUUUCUUGUUAGCUCUUGCCCUAGUUUACGGUAUGAUUUUUGUCACAGUGCGUCAUGGCACACAGACAGCCAGUGAGGGGAUCAAGUUUGUGGUGUAUGUGUUUGUGGCUGAGCUGGAAAAAUAAAAACUUAUGUAGUUUUUUUAAUUACUGUGAGAAGAAAAUGUAAACUUACAAUUAAAUAAAAUUUCAAUGAGUUAACACCAUAAAUCUUAAA